CAUUGCAGAUUAUUCACGUUCUCUGUUGUUUUUCAAUAGGGAAUAUAAUGCAGAUGUAGACAAGAAAGCAUGGAUUCAUUUGAAUUUUAUGCAAGAAAAGAAAUUGAAUGUCAUCUACACUGAAUUUAAGCUCCUCAGGGUGUUAGAAUUAGACGGUGUUCGGUUAGUUAGCUUGCCAAGUACCAUUGGGGACCUGAUUCAGUUACGGUAUCUGGGAUUGAGGAAGACUUAUCUCGAAGGAAAACUUCCACUUUCCAUUGGAAACUUGCUAAACCUACAAACUCUUGAUUUGAGGUAUUGUCGUUUUCUUAAGAAAAUACCAAAUGUAAUUUGGAAGUUGGUGAACUUGAGACAUUUGCUGUUGUAUACACCGCAUGAUCCUCCAGAUAGCGGGCAUCUACGGCUGGAUACAUUAACCAAUCUACAAAGCCUACCAUACAUUGAGGCUGGAAACUGGAUAGCAGAUGGUGGUUUAGCAAAUAUGACCAAUCUUAGGCAGCUGGGCAUACAUGGAUUAUCAGGACCAAUGGUGAAUUCUGUUCUUUCUUCCAUACAAGGGUUACACAAUCUUCAUUCAUUGUCAUUAUCACUUCAAUCUGAGGAGGAUGAGUUUCCAAUCUUUAUGCAGCUGUCUCAGUGCACACAACUUGAAAAGCUGUCUUUGAAUGGAAAGAUCAAGAAGCUACCCGAUCCACAUGAGUUCCCGCCAAAUAUGUUGAAACUAACUUUACACAAUUCUCACCUACAGAAGGAGUCCAUUACCAAACUUGAGAGAUUGCCGAAACUUAAAAUGCUUGUUUUGGGUGAAGGAGCAUACAACUGGGCCAAAUUGAGCUUUGGUGCUGAAGGGUUUCCACAGUUACAUGUUUUGCGGCUAUUUCUUUUGAAAGAAAUGGAGGAAUGGAAAGUCGAGGAAAAAGCAAUGCCAAUGUAUGGGAUUGAUAAGGAUUUCUCAAACGAGUCUAGGCAUGUUGUUUUCUAUGAUAUGGGUUAUAGCAGUACCUAUGCUGCACUUGUGUAUUUCUCAUCUUAUAAAAGUAAAGAGUAUGGGAAGACUGUUUCGCUGAAUUUGUAUUCUAUAAUGAAAGUUGAUUACUUUGAAUUCAUGAUGUUAAUGAAGGAGGAAUAA